GAACCAAAACAUUCCUUGAUCAGCAUCAGUUACAGCGCAUAUACCUGUCGCGUAUCCAAACAUAUACCUGCCUGACCGCGAAUAUGGCAGAGGAAUUUGCUGACGAUGUCGUCGAGGAGCAGCAAGGCAGCAACCCGGGUGCCGAUAUCGAAAUGGCCGAGGGUGACGAGGCUGAGGGAACUGUUGCCAGAAACGAUAGCGGAGACCUACCCUUCGCAGAGGGCGCUGAUAUCGAACCGCGUACUAGUUUCAUAAGUUAUCUUACUAGUCCUGUCGUGACUCUGGUUGUCGGCAACGGCGAAACGGAGACUAUCCUUGCUGCUCACCAGGCCCUCCUCACUCAAAGCCCCUUCUUCUCCGAUGCCUGCGCGGCCUUCACUGACGAUGGAAGCCCGCGACAAAUAGAGCUCGCGACCGAGGAGCUAGACGCCGUCGGCUGUUUCCUAGAAUUCCUCUACACCGGCGACUACUUCCCUAGGAAGCUUCCUGGUCAGCGACUACUAGAACAAGACCCGUCUAUCCCCACCGUCGACGAGACCGGUGAGCAGCUCUUGAAGCAUGCGCGCGUGUAUACCCUGGCCGAGAAGUUCGGGAUGGACAAGCUGAAGAGCCUCGCGAGCAGCAAGAUUCACUGCGUAAACUCGACAGCUAAAGGAGAGAUCACAUAUGCCCGUUACAUUUACCAAUACACCAACAAGGAAGAUACGACGGUCCGCGCUCCCGUGGCCAACUUCUGGGCCACCCGCAGCCACACGCUACGUGCGGAGGCAGAGGAUGAAUUCCGCUCGCUAUGCUUGGAAUUUCCUCAGUUCGGUUACGAUGUGCUUACUCGCGUGUUGGACGAGAAGCUCAAGCGAGAGCGGAACGAGAAGCUGCAUCCGGGAACAGGGAGCGCACGCAAGCGAGCCCGCCACAGCAACGUAUAGUCGUGCUCUUAUCUCUAAUUGUAGCUAUUCGACCUUUUAUUUCAGUUGAGACGGCACUAGAGUCGCGCGAAUACUCUAGACUGCGUGGUCGAAGCAACUUGCCCGCCUCCUUAUACUAUCGUAUUAGUUUGAAGGGAGGCUUAAAGCUGGGGCCUUUCAGCAUGUUUGCUUUCAGUAGACCCUGCGCAAGAUUAUGGUGCUUACAGACUCGAUGGGAAAAGGAUGGGAUUCUGUAUAAUAAUAAAAUAUAUUAUAAACGUCACAAGAACUCUUAACGGUCCCUGAUUUGUAAGGAAUGUAGCGUAGACUUUCCCUUAAACACCACG